AACUCACGUCACUUCCUUGCCCAUCCCUAAAGGGAAAAAAAAGAAAUAUCGGAGAGAAGAGCGACGCCAGAAAAGUCAGUAAAAGAAGGAAAGCGAAGAUAUUUAAAGAAACAUUUGGUUAAAAGGAGAACAAAUAGGCACAACCCCGUUGACAAGCAUACGGUGAUCAAACUUCAUUGAACAGGGCGACUCACUCCUGGGUAACAGGCAGGUCUUCUGCUUAAAAUUUAAAUACCACUGUUCCUACCAUGCCUCUCCACAAAUCAUCUCGAGCCCCUCGUCUGGACCCCACCAUGAUCUCCGCUCCCCUGGGUGAUUUCCGUCACACCAUGCACAUUGGUCGUGGUGGAGAUGCUUUUGGUGACACCUCCUUCCUGUCCAGCCAUGGCCCCUCUAGUCCUAAUUCCAACUCUGUGCAACCAGUCGGGGCCGCCACUGUAGAGACCACAGACAUUCAGAUGAACCAUAAUGAUGAUAUUGAAUAUGCAGAAGACACCGGUCCAAGUGAGCUUCGGCACGCUGAUUCAGUUUCCUCCUUUGACCUCGACUUGGAUUUAGGGCCUUCGAUUUUAGGAGAUGUACUGGGAGUGAUGGAUGGACUGACCAUGGGUUCUCGCAAAGACACCGAAGAGGUGUUUAGUCCCAGCAAGAGCACAAGAGAUGUGAUGAUGUCACCAAGGAGUGCUGCAAAUGAGUUGAAUGAGAGGAUGAGAAUGGAAAGUGCGUCUAAAGAGGUGAGCCAACGAGACGAGCAACUGAACGAGAUGAAUGGCGUGAAAUCAAAAGGGCUCAGGCCUAAAGUGCGAUUCAGCGACAAACGUGAUGAGAUCAUCGGUCGACAGGAGGUAAUUGAGGGGCUAGACGUGGAAGGUGAAGAAGAAAGCAGCUUGAGACCAAAUAAGGAGAUGCAGGAGAUUAGUGGGCAAAUGGUUUACGACAAAGACCCAAGACAAGCAGAGAUGGUUAAUCGGAAGGAGGACAACUCUCCAAGCCCCUCUUCCUCAAUGAGCUCAGAAUAUGAGGGAGUCUCACCGUUGGACCGGAGGAGAGAAGACCAACAUCUUUCAGAAACGGAUUCAGAGGAGGAGGGUGUCAACGGAGAACAAGGAUACACUUUUGAGGACGAGUUCGAUGAUGAGAUUGGACUAUAAGAGGACAUUGCAAGAGAUUUGAAGACCAAAAAUAAGUCUUUAGCAUUGUUGAUGGAUCAUGACGUGAACAGAAUCAUUCUUCAAAAAAAUCCAAACACAGAGAUUUAAUGAAAAUUUCCUUCUUGAGGUAAUAACUGGACUAUUUGGAGCUCUCUUUUCCACACUUUUGAAGUUUACGAUGGUGUUUGCUUUGAUUUUAUGAAAGGAAGACUAUGUUGUGGUUUUGUCUUUUUAUUGGAUUUUAUAAAUACAAAUUUUGAGAGUCUCAAAAUGGACAGCGUGACGUCUUAAAGAAUAACCUAAGAACAAUUUUUUUGCAUACAUUUCCCAAGGUCUCAGUUAUAUAAAACACUAUUUCCACUUAAUAGCUCCGUUGUAGGGCACUCUUCAGUUAACUGGAUACAGCUUUAAUCUCAAUGGAGAGUGAAUACCUGCAGUACAAGAUGCUCAGAAUAACAGUUGACUCUUUUUUUUUUUUUUAAGCCAAACGCCACAUGCAAAGUUAUUAAUUAUUGUUUAUAUUAUGGUUAUAUACAGUGCCUUACAGAAGACACUUAAGAUGUUUUCCAACUUUGUCUUGCUUAGUUUCACUGAAAAGCCAGCGAAGAAGCUUUUCUUUUUGUGGGAAGAUGCAAGGUUGCUGAAUGCAUUCACAAAUGCUGGAAUUUUCUCCUGGGAGUUUUCGUUAUUACAUUUACAUACAUACAUAUCCUAAAAUGCAAUAAGCAAUCAGAUUGCUUUUUGUUUUUGGAGUGUAAGAAUGAAAAGCACACAAUAUAGUUACACACUACAAAAUAGUCUUAAAGCUAAACAAGUGCAAAACGCAUAGUUUUUAAACUGUGAAUGAAAAAAACAAACUCAUAUUCUGGUUGAUCAUUUGUGUAGGUUUUGACCAGAUUCAUAAAGGGAAGCAUGAAAAGCUAAAAUAGGUUGAGUUUAUUUUUUAAAAACAGUUGCUUUUAUCUUGCUUUCACAUUUGUUUGAUUUGAAUACUAAAGAAUAUGUAACAGACAAUCAGUAAUUAUUUUACACUCAAAACCACUCUGCCAACUGAAAUAAUGUAGAUAAACCAAAAUGUGUAAUUAAAGUUUUAUAAAACUG